GGCUCCACCCGCUGCGACGGUGAUCGGCAAGAGCUGACCCGUCCCCCAAAUCGAAUGUACGCCUGUAAUAUCGUUCCACUUGAUAGUGAGUUCGAUCGAGGUGACUACGAAUGCGGUAAUGAUGAGCAUGGGGGCCUUGAAGAGGAAGAUGGAGAUGAUGCGCAUGCGACUGUCGAAGGCGUCGACGAAAAAGUACAUGCUGAGUUGGGAGGCAUAUUUGUCAUUCGAGUGGAAAUACCAGAGGGAGAAGGUGCAUGCAGUAAAGUAGACAAGGCCGAAUGUGAACAUGACUUUGAGGAAGGUCCGGAACCAAUGGAAGAGCUCCUAAUUCCGGAGAAUUCAGUUUCGAUGUCUGAAUUAUAG